GAUGGACUAGCAUUUACUAACUACAUCUUGUGGUGAAGAUGAAGAAGAUAACAACAACAUGAAACAAGUCUAACUAGUUGUGUUCCCCAAAAGAUUUCUUAAUCCCCUUUCAACUUUUAGAAUGAAUGGAGUAAUAUUCCUUUUUACUCUUUAAAAAUAGGAUUUUCAUCUCUAUUCUGAUGCCAAAAAUAUUGUCUUCAAUAAUAAUCUUAAAUUGGGUGUUAGCAGCCAAAAUCCAUACAAAAAGGUCUCUCAGGUUCUGAUCUAAAAGGGAAGACUUAUCAUUUAGUAUACCCAAUUAGAUUUUUCGAUUACUCCAUGGGAAUAUGUUGUAAAAAAGUUGGAUAGUUAUGGUGAUUCAGAUAUUCAUUAACUGAGUCAAUACAUUUAAAAAUACAAUGAAUCUCUUAAAGAUGGUCUUUAGUAAGUGCAAGGAACAUUCGAAGUAUGUUUAAAACAUAACAUAUAAUUAGAAUUCUGUACCUAACUACAGAGCCUCUGGACUCUAUCAAUACAAAUACAUAAAAGAUCUCGACCAGCUAUUUAUCUCCCAAGUCUAAUAUGAUAUUAAUCUCAUUGAAGAACUUGGCUAUAAUUUAUAGGCAUUCAUUGAUUCUUGUCUAAAGUAUGGAAUUCCAGAGUAUUUAUAUCAUUUGAAUUCUUUAUAGGAUCUCUCUUAAGUAUGGAAGUACAAAUUAGGAAUAUUACAAAAAUAUAAUGGAAUUCGCUAAGCCAUUAGCUCAUCCAGAAUAGACCCAAGAAUAUUAUUUAUAUUCUCAUGUAUAUCCAGAGGUAUUAAAUAAAUAAAAAAUAAAAGGGAUUAAAAACUGAGGUAGCUUUGUAAGUCGAACACUUAUCUAAUUCAACAGAAGAAGAGUAACUAAUCAACUUCAAUAUUUAUUAUAAUUAUUAACCACAGUAAAAAUCCAUCUCAUUCAAUAAUAAUGACAAAAAGACUAAGUAACUCAAUUGUAUUUCCCAUUACUAUUAACUACAAGAGAAUCAAUUUCAAAGAUGUGGAUAUAAAAAAGUGAAAAUUUGAAC